AUGAAGAGGGUAAAACUUGCAGUCUAGUUGGAAGGUGCAAAUUUUGUGGAAUAAUAGCGAAGCAAAGAGAGAAUAUACUAUAUUAGGUAAAAUUAUCUUUAUAUUUGUAAAUUUCAUAUUAAGGACGAGAAAAUAAUCAUUGUUGCUGACAUUAAGCCAAGAGCUGAGACUCAUUUGCAAUGCAUACCAAAAAGGCACAUUAGAGACAUCUCAUUUUUAAGGCCGAAUCAAACAGAUAUUUCUUUGCUGGAGCAUAUGUUUCGAAUAGGAUCAGAGUACCUAUACAAGCAUCAUCCGAAUAUAAUGUAUCAUAAAAGGUACUUGGGGGACGGCCUCACGAAAUACGAUGAGCUUUUGAGUGAAUUGAUAUUUAAGUAAAAGAAACUAGAAGAUUUUAGAGGUUAAAUAGAUUAGGAUGAUGCAAAUGAAGAAGUUAAAGAUUAGCUAUAGCUUUGA